AUAGAAGAAUCUACCUACCACAAACGCAGCGAAAGGCGACGCAUAUCUUGCCUUCACUUUCCCUCCAAAUCAAUUAUUUCAAAGAUGCUCUCCACGCGUAUCCAAUGCGCACUGGCGCUCCUGUCUCUCGCGCUUGCCGUUAGCAGCGUCUCAGCAGCACCUUCAGAUGCAAAACUCCGCCAACUUCUACAAAGAUCUCUCCUCAACCCGGCUGGAAAACAGGAACUCGCAAGAUACACACUUGCAGACCUCCUCUCAGAGCUCGUGCAAGCAGAAAACGAAGCGCUGGAGCCGGAGGAUGUGUCUCGCGCUGUGGAAAAAGAUGACGUGCGUCUCGAGCUGGAACGAGCCGCCGGUCCCAUGCUGGCACCUCGCGAGCGCAAAGCCGGAUGCAAGAACUUCUUCUGGAAAACUUUCACGUCGUGUUAAUUACUCUCCGCAAAGCGUUUGUUUGUUUGUUUUUAAUUUCCUUUUCUUAUUCCUUCUGUUCUCCGUCUUUCACAUCAUAUCCAGAUUGUAUAUAAGAAAAUAAAAUGGGUUAUAGCCUAUUUGUUGUUUGACGAUAAAGAUGAUAGCUCUCAUUGACUAUUUAUGUUUUUCGAAGCUAUUGAUGUGUCAUCGGAAAGAAUGUUUUACGGAUGUGUGCAAAUCUGCUUUAAAUUGUACUUUACGUAUUAUAGCAGAUAUCACUAUUUUUAAUUGUUUGUUUGAAUAAAAUCUAUGU